UCAACAAUCAAAGGUCUCUAAAUUUCUUAUUUACUUUCUUGUGUCCAAUCUUCCAAAAAAAACAAAAAUGGCAAUGAUAAGUACCAAGAAACUCAUCAAAAUGGCUAGGAGAUGGCAGAAGUUUGCAGUCAUGCAGAGGAAGAGGAUUUCAUUUCCAAGAAAUGGCAGUGAUAUAGACAGUUGCAGUACAUGUUCAUCCUCUAUAGUUGAAAAAGGACAUUUUGUAGUAUAUACAGCUGAUCAAGUACGCUUUGUCAUUCCAUUGGCUUACCUUGAAAAUGAAGUCAUUAGGCAACUCUUGAACAUGUCUGAAGAAGAAUUUGGGCUUACGAGUGGUGGUCCUAUUACAUUACCCUGUGAUUCAGCCUUCAUGGACUAUAUCAUUUCGCUAAUCAAGAAAGGUAUAGCUUCUGGAGGUCUUCACAAUGCGUUGCUCCUCUCAAUUCCUUCAUGUUGCUGCUCAACUUCUUCUUUCCACCAAGAAAGUGGAACUCAGCAGAUUCUUGUUUAUUAAGUCAUAAUCAAUAUUCUUUUUGUACAUGCUACCUCAAAUAUAGUUUUCAGAGAGGACGGAGAUUGAAGAGCACACAAUUGUAAAACGCAUCAUACAGAUUGAAUACUAUUUUAUCAAAAAAUUUACCAUAUUCAUGACUUUCACUUUUCAAUUUGGUUAUUACAAGUCCUAAUAUUAACUAGUACAUUAUCCAAAUACCGCUUUUAU